AUGAAUGAAAUGAAUGGCGUAGUAAGCAAUUGUGGCAUUCCAGGAUUUGGAAUAAUUCAGAAAAUACCGUAUUUACCAUCACAAUCUACAUGUGGACCCAUUGACGUGCAAUUUUCUUCGGCAUGUGUUAGAUGCGGCCUCUGCAUCGCCAUUGCCGAACAGAUGAACCAGACCCUGAUAGAGACGCACGAUCUUAUGUCUCCGGAAGAGUGGCUCGAUGAAGGAGAAGCUUCGGCUCUUUUACGAUCCGUUUGCGACUACUCCUUUAAACACUACAGUCUGCGCGAAAUCGAUGGUAAAAAUUAUAUCUGCGACAGGAUGCCAGGGGCAAAUCUAGUCCCCUCCACGGCGGAUGGGCUCUGGGAAAAGAAGUAAUGAUAUUCAUCAGUUUACUCUGAC